UAAUUGCUUUUUCCUUUUUAUAAGAACCCACCAACUUAACCACAUAUUUUGUCCAUCAAAACUAGUGGUAUAUAACAUCUCCCAAAAAGCAAAAACCAAAAACCAAACUUUAUUGCACAUUCACCCGGCCCCAUAAAAAAAUAAAUUAUAAUGGCAACAUCAUUCAUUAUAUUUCUCGUUGCUCUUAUGAUCUUAGCCUUAAUACCCAAAAACCAUGCAAUAUUCUCAAGAACCAUUUCAAAAGAAGAGCUUGGCAUAAAAGAAAACGAUGAGAAACAAACCCAUCUUACCUUGUACUACCACGACACACUUAGCGGGUCGAACCCAACUUCGAUCCCAAUCGCUAAAGCAAACUCAACCGAUAAAUCAGCGACGAUGUUCGGAGCCCUAGCCAUGAUGGACGACCCUUUAACCGAAGGACCUGAGUUGACAUCGAAAUUGGUAGGGCGUGCUCAAGGAUUGUACGGAUUCGCGGACCAACAAGUAUCCGCUUUGGUAAUGAUAAUGAAUUUUUACUUGUUGGAAGGGGAGUUUAAUGGGAGUACGUUAAGCAUAUUGGGGAGGGAUGCAAUGAGUGAUAAUGUACGUGAAAUGCCCGUGGUUGGUGGUACUGGUAGCUUUAGAUUUGCUAAGGGUUAUGUUCAAGCUAAAACACAUACGUUUCAUCCAAAGACGGGUGAUGCUAUUGUGUUGUUUGAUGUGUAUGUUAACCAUGGGUCUACUGUUAUUGGUCAAUCGGAUGCUGGAUCAACGGGGUCUUCGUCAACUAAUGCUGCACCCUCACCUACCCAACAAACUCUCCCUAUCAUCAUCAUGUCUUUUCUUUUUAUUAUCAUCUUUUUAUGUAUUUUUUGAUAAAGCUAGAAAAUAGUUUCUAUGUUCUAUUUCAUUUCAAUUCAUUGUCUUGGAGUCAUUGUAUUUCAUCCAAAAGGAUUGGUCA